AUGUCAGCUUUCCAAUUAGAAGUUUUAAAACAAUUAGAUAUUUUAGGUGAAAUCAAAUCCACCACUGCUGUCUUCGCUAACGUCAACCCUCAAGAUGUCUUAUCAGUUUUGAAUUCUUUAAAAGCUCAUGGAAAAUUGACCUAUACUAAAAAUGAAACAAUUACAUACGAUUUAUCUGAAGAAGGUAACAAUAUUUUAAACAACGGUUCUCAUGAAGUGAAAUUAGUUCAAUUAAUCAAUGAUAUGGGUAAAUUGCAAAUUAAAGAUGUUACAAGCAAGUUAGGACCGAAUGGUAAAGUCGGUCAAGCUCGUGCUUUCAAAAAUGGUUGGAUCAUCAAAACUAAAGAAAACGAAUUAGAAUUAAGUGAUAAAGCCAAGGAUCCAUCUGCAAUCGUCGAUGAAACAAAGGAUAUAUUAGAAAAAAUUAUCAAAAAUGAACCAAUUGACAACAAGAUCAUCGCUGACUUGAAAAAGAGGAAGUUGAUUAUCCCAAAGAAAAAUGCUGAUUUCUCUGUUAUCAAGGGUCCUGAUUUCUCUCUAGAUUUAAUUAAAUCCGAAACUGAUGUUACUUCAGACAUGAUUACCAGCGGUUCUUACAAGGAUGCUAAAUUCAAACCAUACAACUUCAACUCUCAAGGUAUUGACCCACAAUCAGGUGCCCUGCAUCCAUUGAAUAAAGUUAGAGAAGAAUUUAGACAAAUUUUUUUCUCUAUGGGUUUCACUGAAAUGCCAUCCAAUCAAUACGUUGAAACUGGUUUCUGGAAUUUUGAUGCUUUAUAUGUGCCACAACAGCAUCCUGCUCGUGAUUUACAAGAUACUUUUUACAUUAAAGAUCCUUCUAAGUCUGACUUACCAGAAGACAAAGUUUACAUGAACAAUAUAAAAGCAGUCCAUGAAGAAGGUAAAUUCGAUUCUAUUGGUUACCGUUACAACUGGAAAGCUGAAGAAUCUCAAAAAUUAGUUCUAAGAACUCACACGACUGCCAUCUCUGCUGCCAUGUUACAUAAAUUAGCUAAAGAUCCAAAACCAACUAGAUUAUUCUCCAUUGAUCGUGUUUUCCGUAACGAAGCCGUGGAUGCCACACAUUUAGCUGAAUUCCACCAAGUUGAAGGUGUUUUAGCUGAUUAUAAUAUCACUUUAGGUGAUCUAAUUAAAUUCAUGGAAGAAUUUUUUGCCAAGAUGGGUGUUACCGGUUUACGUUUCAAGCCAACUUAUAAUCCAUAUACUGAACCAUCCAUGGAAAUUUUCUCAUGGCACGAAGGUUUAGGUAAGUGGGUUGAAAUUGGUAACUCUGGUAUGUUCAGACCAGAAAUGUUGGAACCAAUGGGUUUACCUAGAGAUCUAAGAGUAUUAGGUUGGGGUCUAUCUUUAGAAAGACCAACUAUGAUUAAAUAUAAGGUUCAAAAUAUUAGAGAAUUAUUAGGUCACAAGGUUUCUCUAGAUUUCAUCGAAAGUAACCCAGCCGCUAGAUUAGAUGAAGAUUUAUAUGAAUAG